AUGCCACUCUUCAUUCUCGGAGAUGGUGCAUGUGGUAAGACGUCGCUCCUGAAUGUUUUUACCAGAGGUUACUUUCCCCAAGUUUACGAGCCGACUGUGUUUGAAAACUACAUUCAUGACAUCUUCAUUGAUGGACAGCAGUUGCAAUUAUCGUUAUGGGAUACUGCUGGCCAAGAGGAGUUUGACCGCUUGAGAUCCUUGUCGUAUAGUGACACGCAUUGUAUCAUUCUAUGUUUUGCUAUCGAUUCGCAUGAUUCUCUUGAAAACGUGAAAAACAAAUGGGUCGGUGAGAUUCUUGAACACUGCGAAGGUGUCAAGCUCAUCCUCGUUGGUUUGAAAGCGGACUUGAGAAGUACCGACCCAGAUAUUGGUCAAAAUGAUAUGUUGAUUAAUAAUGCUCCCUCGGGUAAGAAGCUUGUUUCUUACGAGGAGGGAGUUGGGGUGGCGAAGGAGAUCGGUGCCCUGAGAUACUUGGAGUGCUCUGCCAUGAAGAAUCGUGGAGUAAAUGAAGUGUUCACUGAAGCAGCCCGUAUUGCUCUUACCGCUAAACCAAAAGGAGCCAACGCUGCUGCAAACGUCUCCGACAACGAAAGCAGAAGCUGUGUGAUUAUGUGA